AUGGGGCUUUGCAGAUGUCCACAACGCAAAGUGUCGACUUUAUUUUGUUUUAAACAUCACGUUAAUGUUUGUGAAUCAUGCCUUGUUAGUGAACAUCCACAAUGUAUUGUUCGUUCUUACAUAUCAUGGUUACAAGAUAAUGAUUAUGAUCCAAAUUGUACUUUAUGUCAUCGUUCAUUAAGUGAUAUUGAUGAAGAGACAAUACGACUUAUUUGUUUUGACUUAUUUCAUUGGUCAUGUCUUGAUCAAUAUUGUCGCUCAUUCCCAUCACAUACAGCUCCCGAUGGUUACACAUGUCCAACUUGUCAUGCAUGUAUUUUUCCACCAUCCAAUCUUGUUUCGCCUGUUGCUGAUCAAGUUCGAAGAAGAUUUGCAUCAACUAAUUGGGCAGCACGAUUGCCAAUGAUAUCAUCAUCGAAUGAAUCAACAGUAGAGGAAGAUAAACAACAAUUAUUAACAGAAACAGAAAAAAAUGGAUAUGUUAUUGUUAAUCCAACUACGACUAGUGGAAAUAAAACACUAGUAGGAACCAGUGGCUUAUCACAUCAUCCAAAUCGAGCUACUGAUACGACUCAGCAAUCUACGUCGGUAACAAUAAAAGCAGGAGAAAGUGAUCCAGAUGACGAGGAUAAAUAUAAACGUCGUAGUGUUUUUACAUGGUUUGCUCGAUGGUUACGUUCUCGACAAACAACAAAUCGAAAAAAAACUGCGCUUAACCAAACAUCAAUAUCACACACUCGCUAUAUAAUUUACUUGAUACUUAUAAUUUUAUUUGUUUUCAUUACAAUUAUGACUGUUUUAUAUAAUAUAACUCGAGGUGACAAUAAUGAAUAUGUAAAUCGAAAUGAUGAUCCACAACAUAAUCCAUUUAAUAAUCCGUUCAUUCAUGUUGCUGGUCGAUUUAUGAGAAAAACCGUUAAAGAUCCAAAUUUACCGAACGAUCAGCCAAAAUAA